GUAAAUUUCUUAAAGUGGGCAAAUUCUUAGUGAUUGCUCGCCAAUUGCUCAUCCAUGAGUUGAGAAACCAGCAUAACGAACUUUACCGCCAGAAUUCAAAUGACCAAAACAACUAUCUUCCUCUCCUUCCUUCUCCUCCUUUUCCGACAUGCGAACUCUGAGUCUCAGCUAAAUGGCAAAGAACAAACAGUCCUCUUGAAACUAAAGCAACAUUGGCAAAACCCACCAUCUCUAAGCCACUGGCAAAAUCCACUAUCUCUAAGCCACUUGAGCUCCUUAAACUCCUCUCACCAUUGUAACUGGCCAGAGAUCACCUGCACCAAUGGCUUAGUCACCCGACUACUUCUUCAAAACAAGAACAUCAACCAAACAGUCCCACCCUUCAUCUGUGACCUCAAGAACCUCACAGUCAUUGACCUUUCAUACAACUUCAUUUCUCAAGAGUUUCCUAAAGCUCUCUACAACUGUUCCAAGCUUGAAGAGCUCAACCUCUCGCAGAAUUACUUCAAUGGCACAAUUCCCGAUGACAUUCACCGCUUGUCUUGCCUGCGCCGCCUCAACCUUGGAGCCAACAGCUUCUAUGGUAACAUUCCAUCAUCUAUUGGAAAGUUAACGGAGCUAAGGACGCUUCAGCUUCUCCAAUGUGCGUUUAACGGUUCUUUCCCGCCAGAAAUCGGCAACUUGACCAAACUUGAGUCACUGCAGUUGGCCUAUAAUGUAAACAUGACAGCAGCAAAGAUGCCUUCGAGUUUCACGAAGUUGAAGAAGCUUAAGCUUUUAUGGAUUACUGCGUCUAAUUUGAAUGGGGAAAUCCCAGACACAAUUGGAGAAAUGGAGGCUUUGGUGCAUUUGGAUUUGUCAAUAAACAAUCUGACUGGGAAAAUUCCAAGCAGUUUGUUUAUGCUAAAGAAUUUAAGUGUUGUGUAUCUUUACAAAAACCAAUUGUCUGGGGAGAUUCCUCGGGUGGUUGAAGUAUUAAACAUUGAUGUUAUUGACCUCUCCGAUAAUAAAUUGACCGGAAGCAUACCUGAUGAUUUUGGCAAACUCAAAAACAUGACAGGUCUGAGUUUGUUUUUCAAUCAGUUAUCUGGAAAAAUCCCGGACAGUAUUGGUCGUCUUCCAAGUCUGAAGGUCCUUAAAGUGUUUAGCAACAAUUUAUCAGGGACUCUGCCUCCAGACUUUGGGCGGUAUUCUAUGCUUGUAGAGUUCCAGGUUGCAGACAAUAAGCUUGAAGGUGAGUUACCAGAGCACUUGUGUGAUAAUGGAAGGUUGGUGGGUGUGGUAGCUUUUAACAACAACCUCACUGGAGAAUUGCCAAAGUCGCUUGGCAAUUGCAAUGGUUUGAAAAUUGUGACUGUUUACAAUAAUAGGCUUUUUGGGGAUAUUCCUAGUGGCCUAUGGACAUUGUUGAAUCUGAGCGUCUUGAUUUUAAGCGACAAUUCGUUUACAGGCGAGCUUCCUCAAAGAGUGGCAAGGAAUCUCUCAAGAUUGGAAAUAAAUAACAACAACUUCUGUGGUACGAUUCCAGCUGGAGUGUCUUCUUGGAGGAAUUUGGUGGUAUUUGAGGCUAGUAAUAACCUCUUUACUGGCACAAUUCCUCGAGAAGUAACAUCUCUUCCUUAUUUAACAACUCUUUUUCUUGAUCAAAAUCGGCUCUCAGGCUCCCUUCCACCAGAUAUUAUAUCAUGGAAAACGUUAAAUACUCUAAACCUUCGCCGAAAUAAAAUCUCUGGACCUAUUCCAGAGAAAUUAGGUAAUUUGGCAAGUCUUACAGAGUUGGACUUGUCAGAAAACCAACUUUCUGGCCAAAUACCUCUCCAACUUGGCCUCCUGAAGCUCACUUUACUCAAUCUCUCUUCCAAUCAUUUUACUGGGAGGAUCCCAACACAAUUUGAAAAUGAUGCAUAUGCCAGCAGCUUCUUGAACAAUCUUGCUCUCUGUGCUAAUAAGCCAUCACUAAACAUUAACAGCUGCAACAAUUCUGACCAUCAUAAAUCGAGCAAAGUUCCCUCCAAAUAUCUUCCUUUAAUUAUAGGUUUUGUGGCAGCAGCUCUACUGAGUUUAGUAGUUGCAAUGAUCAGUAUUUAUAGGAAGGGAAAGCAUGGAUUAGAUUCCACAUGGAAGUUCACCAUAUUCCAGAGGGUGAAUUUCAGGGAAUCAGACAUUUUGUCAGGAUUGACAGAAAAUAAUGUGAUUGGUAGUGGUGGAUCAGGGAAGGUAUACCGUGUUGGUGUUAAUGAUUCAUACAAUUUUGUUGCUGUGAAGAGAAUUGGGAAUAACCGAAAGCUAGAGCAGAAGCUUGAGAAAGAAUUUCAUGCAGAAGUUAAAAUAUUGGGUUCGAUUCGACAUUCCAACAUAGUGAAGCUGCUCUGUUGUAUGUCCAAUGAAAAUUCAAAACUUCUAGUCUACGAGUAUUCAGAAAACCAUAGCCUACAUGAAUGGCUGCAUAGGAAGAGUAGAGCAUCAUCCACCUCAAGUUCAGUCCAGCAUGUUGUCCUGGAUUGGCCUAAGAGAUUGCAGAUAGCGGUUGGGGCUGCCCAGGGGCUCUAUUACAUGCACCAUAGCUGCUUCCCACCAAUUGUUCAUCGAGAUGUGAAAUCAAGUAACAUCCUUUUAGACUCUGAGUUCAACGCAAAGAUAGCUGAUUUUGGUCUAGCCAAGAUGUUCAAGCAGGGAGAACUUGCUACAGCGUCAGUUGUGGCUGGUUCUUUUGGCUACAUAGCUCCAGAGUAUGCUCACACAACACGAGUUAAUGAGAAGAUUGAUGUUUAUAGCUUUGGGGUUAUCCUUCUGGAACUAACUACUGGAAGGGAAGCUAGACAUGGUGAUGAACACACAUCCCUUGCCGAAUGGGCAUGGCGUUACAUUAAAGAUGACAUCCCUAUAGUUGAUGCAUUGGAUGAGGAGAUCAAGGAACCCAGUUAUUUGGAAGAAAUGAGCUCUGUUUUCGAACUUGGAAUCUAUUGUACGAAUGCAGAACCUUCUAAGCGGCCUUCCAUGAAAGAGGUUGUGAAGAUUCUGCUCAAAUGCAACCAGCCAAUUGUUUAUGGAGAGAAGAUUGCUGCAAGUUUGUACGAUGCUUCUCCCCUCCUCAAGAAUUCAAAGCUGAGGAGUGCGUCGGAAAAUGAUGAGGAAAUCUUGGCAUCCAUCGUUUGAUUUCUUCUGAGAAAAAAUUUUGAACUUAUCUGACUUGUAUAAUAAUGUUUAAAUAAUGAUGGUGUAGAUUGUUAGUUUAGUAUUUGAAUAAAUCUUAUCUACUUACUUGUAGUAGAUAAAGAUUAGAUUUCUUUUGAAUUUAAAUAUUUGUUUUAUCUUGU